GCUCGGCCAGCCCCCGCACACCGCCCGGCCGCCCCGAGGCCUCGUCUUCCUCCCAAACUUUGCAAAGUCGGCCCGCGUCCCCGCCGCCCUCGGCCGCGCCUCGGCUCGGAGGCUCGCCUCGCAGCCGCAGCGGCCCCGCGAGGAGGAGGAGCCGCCGCCGCAGCAUCAAAGAGACCGAAUUCCCGCGGCCUGGGGGGGAGUCAUGCUUUGCGGUCUGUAAUGUCAGCAGAACAGGAGAAGGAUCCCAUUUCGCUGAAGAGAGUUCGAGGUGGUGAUAGUGGACUGGAUGGGUUAGGAGGACCAGGUGUACAACUAGGAAGCCCUGACAAGAAAAAACGCAAGACAAAUACACAGGGGCCUUCUUUUCCUCCAUUGUCUGAGUAUGCUCCACCACCGAAUCCAAACUCUGACCAUCUAGUGGCUGCUAAUCCAUUUGAUGACAACUAUAAUACUAUUUCCUAUAAACCACUACCUUCAUCAAAUCCAUAUCUUGGCCCUGGUUAUCCUGGCUUUGGAGGCUAUAGCACAUUCAGAAUGCCACCUCACGUACCUCCAAGAAUGUCUUCCCCAUACUGUGGUCCUUACUCACUCAGGAAUCAGCCACACCCAUUUCCUCAGAAUCCUUUGGGCAUGGGUUUUAAUCGACCUCAUGCUUUUAACUUUGGGCCACAUGAUAAUUCAAGCUUUGGAAACCCAUCCUAUAAUAAUGCACUAAGUCAGAAUGUUAAUAUGCCUAAUCAACAUUUUCGACAAAAUCCUGCUGAAAACUUCAAUCAGAUUCCUCCACAGAAUGCUAACCAAGUUUCUAACCCUGACUUGUCAUCUAACUUUGUCCCUGGAAAUAAUGCAAAUUUUCCUUCUCCAUUAGAAUCUAAUCAUUCUUUUAUUCCUCCCCCAAACACUUUCAGUCAAGCAAAAGCACCACCCCAAAAACAAGACUUUAGUCAAGGAGCAACCAAAAAUACUAAUCAAAAUUCCUCUGCUCAUCCGCCUCACUUAAAUAUGGAUGACACAGUGAAUCAGAGUAAUAUCGAAUUAAAAAAUGUUAAUCGAAAUAAUGCAGUAAAUCAAGAGAAUAGCCGUUCGAGUACCACAGAAGCUACAAAUAACAGCCAUGCGAAUGGGACACAGAAUAAGCCGCGACAACCUAGAGGUGCCCCAGAUACCUGCACCACUGAAAAAAGCAAUAAAUCCUCUCUUCACCCAAGCCGUCAUGGCCAUUCUUCUUCUGACCCAGUGUAUCCUUGUGGAAUUUGUACAAAUGAAGUGAAUGAUGAUCAGGAUGCCAUCUUGUGUGAAGCCUCUUGUCAGAAAUGGUUUCAUCGUAUCUGCACUGGAAUGACUGAAACCGCUUAUGGCCUCCUAACUGCAGAGGCCUCAGCAGUAUGGGGCUGUGACACCUGUAUGGCUGACAAGGAUGUCCAGUUGAUGCGCACUCGAGAGACUUUUGGUCCACCUGCAGUGGGCAGUGAUGCUUAAUCACUGGCAUUAACUAAAGGGUCCCCUCCCCCCGUCUUACAGAGGUUCAGUGACACAGGAUUUUAAUGUUUUACAUUAUUUUUUUAAAUGCACACACAAAAAGAUUAUUUACCUUUUAGUUUUUGUUAAUAUUCUACUUCAUUACCAGUGCAAAUUUUAUAUUGUCCUUGUUUGCUAUCUUAAAUGAGAAUAAUGUAUAUGGGGGUGCUUUAGAAAGUACUAUACUAAUAAAUGUUAGUUGGUGUUGUUGUUGUUAAUCAUAAACAUUAAAAAGCCUCUUGAAGCUUCAAAAUAAUAUAUAGCAAAUGUAGGCAAGUUUUGACUUUAGAAAGUUAGAAUCAUUGAAAAAUGUACAUUGCAGAGCUGAACUUUGUUAAUAUUACAUUAAAUGGUUCAAAAAAUCUUUCAAGGAUCUACUUGGCAUGUUUUGAGGAAAAAAUAUGUAUAGCUAUAACAUGGAAGAAAGCAUACAUUUUAAUGGAUGUUUAAAAAAAAAUAAUAGCGUAUGUUACCAGAUUUCUUCCCACUAGGGUCUUUGAAGUUAGUGACUUCCUAUUUUCAAUUCAGUCUUUUCAAGAUAUCUGUUUAUACAGAUAUGAGACAGAUGUUAGCAUAUAGUAGAUGCUUAGUAAGUAUUUGUUCAUUAAGUUGUGGAUUGUACCACAUGAAAUUGCUACUAUUAGAUGAGUUGAUAAAGGACUACAGUUAGUAGAGUUGAAGUGAAAUAUGUUUCUAGUUGUGCUGUUUAGAAUUACAAUAGUAGUAUGCUCUUCAUUCAGUUUCCUUUGAUUAUUGAGUUGUUUUGUUAUUGUUUUCCAGAGAAAUAAAUAACAUAGUAUCUUCGGAAGAAUUGCGAAUACUUCUUUUAACACGAUUUGAAGCCAGGACAUACUGCACAUGACAUAGGUGGAAACAUCAAGUUGGCCUUAGAAAGCUCAGCUGGUGAGACCUGCUCAGUGGUGGUUUGAAAAAUCUUGUUCUGGGGAUUUGGAUUCAAAGACAAGCCUCGGGGGAGAUCAGAAUCCAUUUUGAGCAAACACCAAUUAAGAGCCAGGGUGAAAGCUAACUUACAAACAACAAUUUCAAGGCCUUGAAGUAGAUAGGAGUUUCUGUUGUGACUGGGGAAAGUGUAACGAUGGACUCAAGAACAUCCUCCUGGGCGAUGAUCAAGAACAGAGACAGAGGUGUACUCGCUGAGACUUAAAACAGUGACCUGUGACCAAAAAAAUCACACACAAAAAAACAAACAAAAUACACCACAAGAUACUGUUUGAGGAUUGAUAGCAAUUCAUACAAUGGUUGGAUGUUGGUGAAGCUCCCAAACUUGCACCAUUAUUAGCAUUGUGACCAAAAAAGUUCUGAAGGCCGCAUAGUGAUCUGCAAAAUAAUAAUUAAUUACUACUGUUUAACCCCUAGUGAAGCAGCAGCAGCAGCAGCA